UAGAAUGAUUCACACGCUCGGAUCCAUCAGAUGCAAACUCUAGCAUAGAUCCACCGCCCGCUCUUUCUCUCUCCUCCUCUCAGAAACUUCUGAUCUACGUCCACACAUACAACACAACCUCCCUUCUCCUCUCCCCCCAAUUCUUCUUAAUCAGCGUCCACAAUUCUCAGAUCUGAGGUAAAAGUUACACUGCCUAAUUAGGGUUCAGGGAUUGGAUUCAGUUUGAUUUGAUUGAGUGUUGUAUGGUGUGUUUGAUUAGGAUUUGAGAUUUGAAAUUGGGAAGGAAAAAUGUUGACGAAGUUUGAGACGAAGAGUAAUCGAGUGAAGGGUCUGAGUUUCCAUAGCAAGAGGCCAUGGAUCUUGGCGAGUCUUCACAGUGGUGUGGUCCAGCUCUGGGACUACCGUAUGGGGACUCUCAUCGAUCGGUUCGACGAGCAUGAUGGACCUGUUCGUGGUGUGCAUUUCCACAAGUCUCAGCCACUAUUCGUCUCGGGAGGUCUCGAAUCUCUCCAAUAUUUCUAUUUGAUAUCAAUGGAUUAGCAAUCUUUUUUUACAGUUCAUAUACUAUGGCGUUAUAGAUUUGUAUACCGACCCUUCUUGAUGAAAUUUCAUAUGAUCCAGUGAGCCCUCUGUUUGAUCGCUUAUAAAAUGUGUAGAAGAAAAACAUCAACUGAAUUUGGCUUUGAAUCGUAGGUUGUUCAGUACUUGGGAGCUGAGAAACCAUGAACCUCUACUCAACUCCACCUAUAAUCACAAUCUGGCUUGAUUAAAAAUUCCAUAAAGCAUGACAUGUGGAAUAUAUUUUCGUUCUCAUGGGCUUUUUUUAUUUUUAUUUUUUCUAUUUCAAGGCCUUCAACAUUCAGAAUUCCUUAUCAGUCUAUCCUCCCAAAAUGUAGUUGACCAGCUCAUAAAAAAAUGAUAGAUACUUCGCGUUUGCAAUAUAUAUAAUUGCAAAAAAAAAAAAAAAGGAAGAAGAAUAGGCUUUUAAGUACUUUACUCAUUUUGUGCAUGAGGCAGCUAUUUGUUUGAUGAAAAUGCUGGUUUAUGCAGGAGAUGAUUACAAGAUCAAGGUGUGGAACUACAAGUUGCAUAGGUGUUUGUUUACCCUUCUUGGACAUCUUGAUUACAUUCGGACGGUUCAAUUUCACCAUGAGUAUCCAUGGAUUGUUAGCGCCAGUGAUGAUCAGACGAUCAGGAUAUGGAACUGGCAAUCCCGUACUUGUAUUUCUGUGUUGACUGGACAUAACCAUUAUGUGAUGUGUGCCUUGUUCCAUCCCAAAGAGGACCUGAUUGUUUCCGCCUCAUUGGAUCAAACUGUUCGUGUUUGGGAUAUUAGUGCCAUGAGGAAAAAAACAGUUUCCCCUGCUGAUGACAUUCUUCGGUUAAGCCAGAUGAACGCAGAUUUCUUUGGUGGAGUUGAUGCUGUUGUUAAGUAUGUCUUGGAGGGCCAUGAUCGAGGAGUCAAUUGGGCUUCAUUCCAUCCCACUCUCCCUCUGAUUGUUUCUGGAGCAGAUGAUCGCCAAGUGAAAAUUUGGCGAAUGAAUGAAAAAAAAUGGCCAUUACUUAAAAUGGCAAAACAUCUGGUGCAAACAUUUAAAAUGUGUCAGAUGGAGCUAGCAGAUUCAAAAAUCAGAAGGCUUUCUUAAAAACUCAAGAGAGGAUAUUUAAGUUGGAUAUGAUGGCGUUGGAAGUCGUGGCAUAGUAGUCUACCUUUGCUGCAGCUUUAUUAUGUUGGAGAUGAAUGUGGAGUAAGUUGAUCAUGGUCUUUGCUGUCGGAUGUGGUUUUGGGUAAGAAACAGCCUUAUAUACCAAAAAAAAGAAAGAAUGGGGUAGACAGUGGUGGUAGGGUUGGCAGCAAUGGGUAUGGUGAUGGAAAUGGUUGAGGACAGGGUUAUUAAAUAAACCGAGUCACAUGAGCUCAACUCAGGAUCGACUCGCUUUUGACUCAUUGAAGCUCUUAUGUACUAGAAAGUGAACCGGAUAUGAUCAGAGGUGUAUACUCUUCUAAUAUUCAAGCUGAGACCGAGCAAUGCACCAUUUGGCUUGAUACGAAGGCUUGGGAAGUAGACACCUUGAGAGGGCACAUGAACAAUGUUUCAUGCGUUUUUUUCCAUCCAAGGCAGGAUAUUAUUGUGUCAAAUUCAGAAGAUAAAAGCAUUCGUGUGUGGGAUUCUACUAAGAGGACUGGCCUUCAAACUUUUCGGAGGGAGCAUGAUAGGUUUUGGAUUCUUGCUGCUCAUCCUGAGAUGAACCUUCUGGCUGCUGGUCAUGAUAGUGGCAUGAUAGUUUUCAAGUUGGAGAGAGAACGCCCUGCUUUUUCUGUUAGUGGUGAUUCUUUGUACUAUGUGAAAGACCGUUUUCUGCGCUUCUUUGGGUACUCAAGUCAGAAAGACACUCAAGUAAUACCUAUCCGUAGGCCUGGUUCUAAUAACUUGAAUCAAAGCUCUAAAACUCUUUCUUAUAGUCCUACUGAAAAUGCUGUUUUGAUCUGUUCGGACACGGAUGGAGGAUCUUAUGAACUCUAUAUUGUACCUAAAGACAGCUUUGGUAGAGGCGAUACAGUUCAAGAUGCAAAAAGAGGUGUUGGAGGAUCAGCAGUUUUCGUGGCUCGAAAUAGGUUUGCUGUGCUUGAGAAGAGCAGCAACCAAGUUUUAGUCAAAAACCUUAAAAAUGAGAUUGUCAAGAAGAGUGCCCUCCCUGUUGUCACCGAUGCAAUAUUUUAUGCUGGUACUGGUAAUUUGCUAUGUAGGGCAGAGGACAAAGUAGUCAUUUUUGACCUCCAACAAAGGAUUGUUCUGGGGGAUCUUCAAACUUCUUUAGUUAGGUAUGUUGUGUGGUCGAAUGACAUGGAAAGCAUUGCUCUGUUGAGCAAACAUUCUAUAAUUAUAGCUGAUAAGAAACUUGUGCACCGCUGCACUCUUCACGAGACCAUUCGUGUCAAGAGUGGAGCAUGGGAUGACAAUGGUGUCUUCAUAUACACAACGCUAACACACAUUAAAUACUGCCUUCCUAAUGGGGACAGUGGUAUCAUCAGAACCCUUGAUGUACCAUUGUACAUCACAAAGAUUUUUGGAAAUACAGUCUUUUGCUUGGACCGAGAUGGGAAAAACUGUCCCAUAAUUAUUGAUUCAACUGAAUAUAUUUUCAAGCUGUCUCUGCUGAGGAAGAGAUAUGAUCAGGUUAUGAGCAUGAUCAGGAACUCGGAACUCUGUGGGCAAGCCAUGAUUGCAUAUCUCCAGCAAAAAGGUUUUCCUGAAGUUGCUCUCCAUUUUGUAAAGGAUGAGAGAACUCGCUUUAACUUGGCAUUAGAAAGUGGGAACAUUCAGGUAGCUGUCGCUUCUGCUAAGGAAAUUGAUGAGAAGGACCAGUGGUAUAGGCUGGGGGUGGAGGCCCUUCGUCAGGGUAACGCAGGCAUUGUAGAAUAUGCAUACCAGAGAACAAAGAACUUUGAGAGGCUAUCUUUCCUUUAUCUGAUAACUGGAAAUCUGGACAAAUUGUCCAAAAUGAUGAAAAUUGCUGAGGUCAAGAAUGAUGUUAUGGGUCAGUUCCACGAUGCUUUGUACCUAGGAGAUAUCCGAGAGCGUGUUAAGAUUUUGGAGAAUGCGGGUCAUUUGCCUCUAGCAUACAUCACAGCCACAGUACAUGGUCUCCCUGAUGUUGCUGAACGUCUUGCUGCUGAGCUGGGAGAUAAUGUCCCUUCUUUGCCUGAGGGGAAGUCUGCUUCUCUUUUGAUACCCCCACGUCCCAUCUUGUGUGGUGGAGAUUGGCCUCUAUUGAUGGUCAUGAAAGGGAUCUUUGAGGGUGGUCUUGAUAAUGCGGGCAAGGGUGGACAUGAAGAAUAUGAAGAUGCUGCAGAUGCUGACUGGGGUGAGGAGUUGGAGAUUGUCGAUGUGGAAAACUUGCAGAAUGGAGACAUCAGUAUGGUAUUAGAGGACGAGGAAGUGCAUGAAGAAAACGAUGAGGGAGGAUGGGAUCUUGAAGAUCUUGAUCUUCCGGCUGAUGUUGAUACACCAAAGACUGCUGCCAAUGCACGUUCUUUGGUGUUUAUUGCGCCAACUGCUGGUAUGCCAGUAAGCCAGAUAUGGGUGCAAAAAUCAUCUUUUGCUGCUGAACAUGCAGCAGCUGGCAAUUUUGAUAGUGCAAUGCGUUUGUUGAGCCGACAGCUCGGAAUAAGGAACUUUACUCCCUUGAAACAGCUAUUUAUGGAUCUUCACAUGGGCAGCCAGACAUACUUACGUGCUUUUUCAUCUGCUCCUGUGAUAUCAGUGGCGAUUGAGAGGGGAUGGAGUGAGUCAGCAAGUUCGAAUGUGCGUGACCCACCUGCACUAGUAUUCAAUUUCUCCCAGUUGGAAGAGAAACUAAAGGCCGGGUACAAGGCCACCACUGCUGGGAAAUUUAUUGAAGCCUUGCGGCUUUUUCUAUCUAUUCUUCAUACCAUUCCCCUGAUUGUGGUUGAGUCACGUAGAGAGGUGGAUGAAGUAAAAGAAUUGAUUAUCAUUGUGAAGGAGUAUGUUCUAGGUUUGCAGAUGGAACUUAAGAAAAAAGAGUUGAAGGACAAUCCCAUUCGUCAGCAGGAGUUGGCAGCUUACUUCACCCACUGUAACCUUCAGCUGCCUCAUUUGAGACUCGCUCUGUGGAAUGCCAUGACUGUUUGCUAUAAGGCAGGUAAUCUCACUACAGCAGCUAAUUUUGCUAGGCGACUCUUAGAGACAAAUCCAACCUCUGAAAACCAAGCUAAACCAGCUCGCCAAGUUCUGCAGGCUGCGGAGAGAAACAUGAGAGAUGUAACCCAACUUAACUAUGACUUCAGAAAUCCUUUUGUUGUCUGUGGGGCCACAUAUGUUCCUAUAUACAGAGGACAGAAGGAUAUCACAUGCCCUUACUGCAGUUCACAUUUUGUUCCGUUGCAGGAGGGACAGCUUUGUACGGUUUGUGACCUUGCAGUUGUUGGAUCCGAUGCAUCUGGCUUACUUUGUUCUCCUUCCCAGAUCAGAUGAUUUGAACUUCUUCCUGUGACUGGGUGAACUGCACUCUGUAUCUCUACGAACAAAAAAGGUAGGAAUGUCAAAUGAUGAGUCGAGUUUUUAUCAGAUUGUGCUGCUGUUCUAUUUUUGUGUUGAUUUUUGUUUUUUUUUUCAGUUUUCAACUCCUCUUCUAUUACCCAUUUCAGAUUUUAUGACCACAAAUUUUCUAUUAAUAAACUAUGUAAGAAUUUUGACUUAGGGCUAUUCAUAUAUGUGAGAAUUUAGUGUCUCAGGUUGAGGUGGUAGAAUUCAUUGCCUACUACAAGUUUUGCUGAAUCUGAAACUUGAAUUGCUCAGUUA